AAGGGUCUUCUCCCCUUCCCAAAGCCAAAUCUCUCUCUCUGACGCCAUUGUUGUCUCUCACCUAGCAACCAAGGUUCUGGAAAAGGAAAACAAAGUCUUAUUCAAAACCUUGUACCCAUGGUAGCCUCUCUGCAUUCCCUCCUUUUAGCUCUCAACUCCAAUGGCAUGACCGCGAGGUGGGUUGGAGCAAACCGGUUGCAAACUGGAUCGCUCUUGAUGAAAGCCAUGCAGCGCCAUGCACUAAGAAGAAGGAAGAGGAUGGCAAGGACUGAGAGGAUUGGUGGCGGCACCGUUGCAUGGGCGAGAAGGCAGAUGAUAUGGAAGAAGAAACGGGUCCUUCUAGAAGGUUCUAGAAAGCCCGCGAGCUGCAUCGAGAGGAAGAUCAGGAAGCUCCAACGUCUCCUGCCGAAUGGUGAGACGUCGGAGUCCAUGGGGCUUGAAGGGCUCCUUCGUGAGGCAGCAGACUACAUCAUGUGCCUACAAAUGCAAGUGAAGGUGAUGCAGAUCAUGGUUACUGUGCUGUCACCAGAGGAUUCUGGCGUCUAAUCCUCUUUUGAAAUUACAGAAGCCCAGACAAGAAUUGCUACUCUAUUCUUCAUAUAUAUAUAUAUAUAUAUAUAUAAUUUUUCUUGUCUCCAUGACAUUGUUACUGUAGGUUUUGCGGUUCCAAUUUGUAAGGUGGUAUCUAAAGAGAUGUGUAAUAUUGCAUUUCAUUCAUAUCAAGCUGGAAAUGUUUCAUUAA